GGUAUUCAACAUGUUUUAGCCAUGUUUAGCGGGGUAAUUAUACUUCCAUCCUUGUUUUUUUCUGGAGUGUCUACAAUCGUGUUUUUUGUUGUAACAGGUGGUAGAGUGCCUGCCUAUUUAGGUUGCUCCGGUUCCAUUGCGAGUGUUAUCUUAUCUAUUACAAAUUAUAAUUAUACAGCUACCUCGGGUCUAAACUCAAAUAUAUCCCAAGUACAGGGAGCUUUGUUGAUACUUAGUAUUGCAUACGCCACUGUUGCAAUAUUUGUAAUAUUUUUUGGCUGUAAAUGGCUUGAAUUUUUUAUGCCACCAAUUGUUACCGGUAGUAUUAUAACAAGCAUAGGGUUGCAUCUUUGCUUUAUAUCAUAUGGUCAAAUUACAACUAGUCCGUUUGAUACUUAUAUGUCCGUUGCCACAGCAGGUUCAAUCAUGCUUAUAUCUGUUUAUGCGCCGACCAAUGCAAUGCGUAGAAUAUCUCUAUUGUUAGGUACAAUAAUAGGUUAUGCUAUUCAUGCUAUAUGCGGAUCAAAAAACAUAGGACCAUCCAUUAAUUACUCUGGGAUAGUAUCAAGCCCGUGGUUCCGAGCACCAGAAAUUAAUUAUCAAAUAGAGUUUGAUUCCCAAUCAAUUGGUAUGGUUUUGCCAAUUUUAGUUGUAUUCUUGGCCGAAAAUCUGGGUCACAUGAAAGCUAUCCAGUCUAUAAUUACCACAGGCCCUCCCAUGUUAAAGUAUAUUGGGCGAGCAUAUUUAGGUGAUGCCCUUGGAUGUUUAAUCGCUAGUGUAGGUGGUACUAUACCAUUUACUACGUACGCCGAAAAUAUUGGUGUGUUGUCUGUCACUCAAGUAUUCUCUCCGUUGGUUAUAUUAUUUGCUGCAAUUUUUGCAGUUCUGUUAGGUUUCUUUGCAAAAUUCAGUGCAAUUGUAAAAUCAAUUCCAUCAGGUGUUCUAGGCGGAGUUACCCUUGUUUUAUACAGCUUAAUUGUAAUCACGGGUAUUCGGAUAUGGGUGGUUAACAAGAUAGAUUUUAAUGACACCCGUAAUGUAUUUAUUGGCGGUGUUCCUGUCAUUUUAGCAACAGUUAUGCAAACCCCUUUAGUCCUAGGUAAUUUCCAAUUAGACGGUAUUGGUGUUGCUACUUUUUUAUCAAUCAUACUGUAUCAACUUUUACGAGGGUUUGAUGAGUGGAAACAAUGUUUCUCUGAUAUCAGACAGUCAUUUCGCAAUUGA